AACAGGUGGUGUCCACCAUGUUGUCUUUCUUCCAACUCUGUCUGCUCGUUUUCAUUUCCAUAAGCCAGACGGCCGUCGCUGGUGUCAGCAGACAGGCACGUUUCAACGGCUUUACGUUUGGCAAUAAGAACAACUUUCAAGCAAACAUAAAGCCAGGAUUUCCCAGCAUUGCAGGCAACUCGAACGUUCGUCUUGGAGACAACACGAACCUCAACGCUGGAGGAAAAUACAAUUAUAUGUCGAACAACUGGAACGCUGGCGUCGGCUUGAAUCACAAAUUUGGAGGCAGUAAUGUAGGUAUUGGAGCCAACUACAACAGUGCGACGAAAGGAAUGAAUGUUGGCGCUAAGGCCAACUUUGACAAGAACAUAAAUGCAGGAGUAGGUUACAACAGUGCUAACAAGGGCGUAGGAGCCAAUUUCGGGAUCAACUUUCGAAGGACGUUUCCAGGAACAUUCAACUACGCUCAACUUACUAGACCUGCUGUGGGAAGACAAAUUCUACUCAGACAUCUGUACUUUCUGCACGAAACCAUCGGAUCUCGUCACCCAGAAAUGCUAAAAGUCAACAUAUCGCAAGAAUCGCCUCACGAUCAAUACACUUACGCUAAUCUGAUUGAAGAUCUUCACUGUAUCGAAAAGUCACUAGGAGAAGCGUUCCCGCGUAUUUGCAAAUUCAUGCAACUGCUGAUAAGCAGUCCACCCUGUGUCCCUCUCACAGACUCACCAACAGCAAGGAUCGGACCUUCUAGCAAGCCAGCUACUUUGUCUACAAAAGAUCAAACCGUUCUGAAGGCUUUUGCGGCAAUGGUCGUCUACGCAGAUCUACAGCUGAAGCUUGCACAAGCAGAGAAGAUGCCAGCUCACGUGAUGUCUAAGCUUUGAGAGACGAACAUGAGUAGCAAUAGUUGGUGACGUAGCCGCGUAACUGCAUAGUGCACGUUUGUCCGCUAUUAGAGGCUGCUGUUAAGCUUUUGCGUUUGUGAAACAAAGAGUUAAAACACGAUUUCGAUCUCCAGUACUCUUGAUUUUAGCAUAUUAACAAUAUAAUCUC